UAAUAUUGGGUGAACAAAGAAGCGGAAGUGCUUACAGGAACCGUCAUGGCCGCGUCCACGGCAGCUUGCGGCAACGUGAUCAAUCGUUUCAAUGCCUAACUUUUGGUUCCUCCACGAAAAGUACUUUAACAUCCUCUACUUUUAAAAGAUUUAAGGACCUGCCGAACUUGUGUUUUAAAAGGGAUAAAGAGUAUUUUGUGACCAACCACCCACACACGUGUGCAGAAAUGGCUUUAUUUAAACCGACCAAAAUUCCAGUUUAUCCUAAACUUGGAGAGAAAGUCACCCAGGACACACUCUACUGGAAAAACUACAAGGCUCCAAUCCAGAUCAAACAAUUUGGAUCGGUCACAAACAUCGACUUCUCUCCUGUGGCCCCGCAUAACGUUGCUGUGACAGCAUUUACACGAAUCCACAUUUAUGGCCCGUUCUCCCAGGAGCCAGUGAAGACAUUUGCCCGAUUUAAGGACACGGCAUAUUGCGGGAGGUUCCGUUCUGACGGUCAACUCCUCGUGGCCGGAUGUGAGAAUUCGCUGGUGCAGCUGUUUGAUGUCGGCGGCAAGGUGGCGCUCAGGCAAUUCAGAGGCCAUACAAAGGCCGUCCACGUGACAGACUUCACCUCGGACCAGUACCGUAUCGUCACCGGCUCGGACGAUUACACCUGCCGACUUUGGGACCUUCCGAAUGUGCAAGAGCUCACCUGCUACCAAGAACACACCGACUACAUCCGCUGCGGCGUCACCAGCAAACUCAACAGAGAUCUCUUCAUUACGGGGUCGUAUGACCACACGGUCAAAGUGUUUGAUGCCAGAGUUCAAAAGUCUGCAAUGACUAUGGAUCACGGCCAGCCAGUGGAAAGUGUGCUCCUGUACCCUUCCGAGGGCCUCCUCGUCUCAGCGGGGGGACGCUACGUGAAGGUGUGGGAUCUACUGAAAGGUGGCCAGCCACUGGUGUCACUGAGGAACCAUCACAAAACAGUCACCUGUGUGUGCCUGGGGAGCGGCGGCCAAAGGUUGCUGUCGGCCUCCCUGGACAGACACGUGAAGGUGUACAACACGACCAACUACAAAGUGGUGCACAACUUUGACUACGCCACCUCCAUUCUCAGUUUGGCUUUGGCUCCAGACGACGGGACCAUUGCCGUGGGUAUGACCAACGGCGUCCUAAGCAUCAAACACAGGAAACACACAGAGGAGCCGACUGAACUGUCAGCUCAACGCAGGCGGCGACCGUCAUAUCGUGUCUUUGUAAAAGGGAAGAAUUACAUCCCUCAACAAGGUGAUUACCUCGUCACUAAGCCCGCCGUGAUCCAGCAUCUGGCGAAAUAUGACAAAGAGCUGAGGAAAUUCAAUGUUUCCAAGGCUCUGGAUGCAGCUCUGGAGGUGGGGACGAGACACAGGAAGCCGGAAGUUGCAGUUGCCGUUAUGAAGGAGUUGGAUCUAAGAGGGACGUUGAAAAACGCUUUAGCGGGACGGGACGAGCGGGACGUCAAUCGGCUACUCACUUUCUUAAUCGGGCAUAUGCUCGACACCAGGUUCAGCCCCGUCCUCGUCGUGGUGGCCGAGAUGAUCCUGGACAUCUAUCAGUCGGUCAUCGGACAAUCGGCCAUCGUGGACCGGCAGCUUUUGCGUCUCCAGGACCUGCUGGAGAAAGAAACGGACUUCCAGCACGAACUCCUGGAAGUGCUGGGUAUGUUGGACACCGUCUUUGCUUCCCAUCUCCCGAGGAAGGAGGUGCCAUGCCCGGGUAUCGACAUAUCCAACGGCCUGGUGGAGGGAAAGGCAAGCAGCUCACAAGCUCAGCCUAAGGCCACCUGAUGUACUCUCAGAUGGAGCACAACACAACACAACACAACACAACACAACACAACACAACACAACACAACACAACACAACACAACAGAUUGUAUUUAAACAGCCCCAACUUGCCUCAGAAGACACACACUCAUGGACUCAUCUGAUCAUAUCAGUUUGGUUCAUGUUUCAGGAUCCCCUUUCAAUAAUCACAUUCAAUAAAUGGUGUGAAAGUAUUUUAGCUAUACUUGUUAAUGAAUCGGUGUGCAUUUGCCAAUGGCUGGAUGAUGUUUUGAUAUUUUAUAAAUUGACCAAUGUUUAUUAAGACCUGAAUAAACUUUUAGCUCAC